AUGCCAGAAAACGGGGUACACCUGACAGAGGUGAAUAAUUUGAGAGCAAGAAUUUCAGAGUUAGAAAACAUUAUUGUACAAUACAAUAUGAAGAACGUUGAUUCCGAAGAAGCUAAGGCCGAAAUCGAAACCGAAGUCGAAACCGAAGUCGAAACACUGCCUGAUACUGCCCACUUGAAGAGCCUGGACACGAGCUGCACGCGGGCACAACCUAUACAUCCUCCAGAGACUUCUGUGUCACCCAAUCCAAUAGUAAAUCCUGAGGAGAAAUUAAAUUUUUACACAGGAUAUACGCCUAUUCAUAUUAAAGGCAAUAUUCGAAGAGUCAACUUUGGGCCAUUGUCAUGGAUUGCGUUGCUCAAACGGGACCCAGCAUUAUCUUUAGCUUGGAAGGAUCUAAGCACCAAGGGAUACUUCAGUUCUGUUAAUUUGAGACAAAUGCCACUAACGCCUGAGAACAUUGUAAUUUUGAAUACGAAUAUGAGCACCUCCGAAGGUAUGUCGCCUAAUAUGGAUAAGUUCUUUCGGCGCAAAUUUUUGGAAAUUGAAGGCUACGAUGAGACAAUGCCCUACCACUCUCUAGCUCGAGUUGGAGCCAACAAUGGUCAGAGCCGUGGCGAUGCUCAAAAAGAUAUUGCAAACGCUUCAAAUAAACACCAGGAUUACAAAAUGUCAUUUACACUGAUCAGUCUUGCCAGAACGGUAUUUGAGGGGAAAAUUAAUCCAGAGCUACAAUUAAUUGAAAAGAUAAAAACAAUGUUGCCUUCGCGGAAGGUCUUUUGGAGUUUAAUUGAUUUGUUCUUCCACAAUGUAUACCCAUUUUAUCCAUUCAUUGACGAAGAUGCCUUCAAGAAAGACUUGCAAAAGAUUGUGGGUAAGGUAGACUACGAAGACAAGCCAUUCUCCAAAGUCAAUAUUAGCAAGAAAUUAGACUUGGCGAUAAUUGCGCUUUGCUUUAUUUGUUUGAGGAUGACUUAUUUGUCACUAUACUCGAACAGGGAUUCCACCAAUAGAAGCAUUGUUGAAUCAGAGGAAAUGACAUUGACAAAAUUCCUCUUCCAAAAUCCUAUCAACUCAUCCUGUGUUGAUGUGGCCAAUUCUUGUAUCCAUUGCUUCCAUUUCACGAGAAAAUCGAACCUUACUGUUUUCCAGGCAAUUUUAUUCAUGAGAUUUUAUAGAAACAUUGCUCCAGAAGAAGGUGACGGAAUUGAUGGUGGGGAUUCACAAGUUGGUACAGCGUUGCUUGUUCAGAUGGCCAAUUCCUUAGGUCUCAAUCGUGAACCCGACUUGUUGGAUGUUUGUAACGAUGAAAAGACAAAUCACUUGGGCCGCAAAAUUUGGUCGGCAUUGCUUGCGGCUGAUUUCAUCCACUGUUUAUCCGUUGGAAACCCGACUAGCAUUCACCCGCAACAUUAUGAUGUUUCAAAACCAUUUUUGACAUCCAAAAAUAGCAAUAUACAAGACACCGAAAUGGAAUCGGUAAUUACUGAAACUUUCGGAGUGGUAGAUUCAGAUAGAGAUUUAGUGAGACACUUGCUCAGCUAUGUCUUGGAUAUAAGAAGUGGGGUUGAAAUGAAUAAACUUACUCACAAGUUACACGUUACAGAGCAAGUAUGGCAAUCCCGGUUCAAUGUAAUGCAAAAUCAACAGUUGAAGGAUGAGAUCGAUAAUUCGAAGCAUACCAGACCAGAUAUAAGAAAGUUCAUGUACAUAAAAAUUGCAAAGAAGUUUUUGAUAUUGAAGGUUUCCAUAACUUCAUUCUACUACCAUAUAUAUUUGCACUACGAGAAAAUGAAAGACACGGAACUUUCAUUCUUUUAUUUGGUUAAAAUGUUUUUGAUCAUUACGAACGACAUCAUGCCAUAUAUUGAGGAUAUAAUCACUGGCUACCUAAGUUCGGUUGGAUUAUUUUUGAACCCCAUUCUUCAGCUUGGAUUGCUCAAGUCAAAUGAAGUUGUUUUUUCGUGCUUGGUUCGUGUUAAUUUUGCAAUUCACCAAUUGCAAAAGUCUGAAAAUCAUGCUGCUAAAUUGAAAGAACACCAGCAGUAUCGUGAUCAUUUCAAUAUAAUGAAAGACAUGUCUAGAAAUAUUAUUCAAACAAGUAAGUUGAUUACCCUGUUGCUUGAAAGAUUGGGACUGCGGUAUUACUGUGCUUGGAGAAUUUCAAAGUCACAGCUCACACUUUGCAACACGUUAACAGGAACAGAGUUCUACGAAAAACAUGGUCAGAAAUUGAAACGUAUUAAAGGGUUUCAGUUUACCGCUGCACAAUUGGAAAGAUUCAACUUGUUAAUCGGACAGUUGCAAGAGGCAGUGAAGAAAACAUCGACAUUUGAAGACGGCCAGAAUACAUCAACUCCGGACGUAGUCAAUACCAAUUUGGCUGAUAUACAGAAAUCGUUAGGUGGAGCAAAGCGCGUAGUUUUCGAAGAGACUCCUGAAUCGCAUGUUAAUGGAUUAGACAGAGCAAGUUUGUUGAGCACCCCCAACUUUGUAAACGAUGAAACAUUUGCUGAGUUGACGAACAUGAAUAUCAAUUAUAUUGACCACAUGUGGCUACAACAUGCAGCAAUGAGGAACGAUGCUAGCCAGUUCUUAGAGAACAACUUGAUUUCAAAUUGGCCCAACAAUGAAGAAUUUCAAAGCCUGUCAAUUAGUUCUGCUGGAAAGACGCAGAAUGGGCUUAACAAUAAUAGCGGUGCUGACGGAGGUAAUCUAACGGGGAUUCCAUCAACCCGAAGUAGUCAGCAACAAAGCCAGUCCAUAGGUGGUCAUAAUCUACAGUCCCAGCCAUAUCCACAAGGUAAUGGGCUAGUUCCACUUCCAUCUUUAUUUGAUAGCAUGCAAGAGCAAGAGUGCAUUGAUUACAUGCUUGACGCUGGAGGAAAGUACACUUACGAUUCGUUUUUUUAA